GCCACCGUAAUGGUCUCCACCACGUUAUAUGGGAGUUAUAGGGCCCUGUGCGUUGUCGUGCGUAUUAGAGUUGAUUAGAGUGCUCGGUACCCUGCGAAAUUGUUCUGUGUAUACUCUCGUAUGCUUGGUGGCGUUGUGAAUUGAUUUAUUAGCAGUGGUCUGCAGCUUGACAGGCGUGUUGAACAAACUUAACUAAUAAUUUCCAGCAAAAUGGUCCAAAUGAGCCAAGGAACGAAGGACAGAGUAUCGUUUGUGGUAGGCGUGUCUAAAUUUGCUUUCCAUUGGGGGUUCAUUCCGACAGUGCUGUAUUUAGGAUUUAAAAAAGGCGCAGAUGCUGGUAUGCCUGAAUUAUCUUUACUGAACUUGCUUUGGCAGUAACGAUCUGUUAACAAAAUGUGUAGUUUUUAUGAAAUAUCACUGUACAUAGAGAAUAAUUGCUAUGCUGAAUACAUAGUCUCCAAAUUAAAGUACUUUGGAUAAUUUGUCUCUCAAAGUUAACAUAAAAUCCAAAUAUUUUCUUAUUUAUGUCAUCUUAUAAAAUACUUCAUCCUGUAUAAUUUUUUUAUUCAUGAAACAAAUGUUCCUGUGUAUUGCAUCUUUGUAUAAUUUGGUAAUUUGUUGAUGUGCAAAAUGUUUAAUUGUGCAAUGUAAAGUGAUAAACACUUAUAGUUUUGAUAAGAAAUGCAUUUAUUAUUGAUAUUUUGUACCUAACAUCUGAACACAGUUGUGUGAAGAGCAUGGUGGGCACAAUGUUUAUGCUGUGUAAUUAGGUAUGGAAAUUCAAAUUUCACAUUGUGGAGAAAGUUCUGGUUCAAUAUGAUGGCAGUGCAUAUUAACUGAACAUUCUGCUGUUGUGAUAAAUAGAGGAUGUCUGGUAUCAAUAAUUUUAUUAGGCUUAAGAUCAUUUUGAUCGCAUAGUGAUCCUUGGAGCACUAUGCGAUCGAAAUGAUCAUAAGCCUAAUAAAAUUAUUAAAACCAGACAACAUCCUUUAUUUAUCAUAAUAAGAGAAGGUAUCUACCUCACCAGCGAUCUAAUUAAUUUUGCUGUUGACAGAAUUAUUGUAUAAGUUAAAGAAUCAACAAAUCAGGAGUAACCUGUUCAAAGAUUUCUUAUUUUUUUCCUCUUAUAUGGUAGACUGUUGAAUAUGAUAUUAAUUAGGAAUUUUUCUUUAUCUUAAAAACCUUUUUCUAUUCCAACAAACAGCGUAAGCUAUAAC